AAAAAAAAGAAAAAAAAGAAAGAAAGGGGGAACUCCUUGGCCCCUACUUAUCUAUAAAAAACAUCCACACCUUCUUCCACCGCCACUCUCUUAGCUCUAUAAUUGACUUUCACUGCAUCCAUCCAUCCAUGGCUACUCAGGGACAGGUCAUCACUUGCCGAGCUGCGGUUGCUUGGGAGGCGAACAAGCCGCUGGUGAUAGAGGAAGUGCAGGUGGCUCCACCACAGGCCGGUGAGGUUCGAGUCAAGAUUCUCUUCGCUGCUCUUUGCCACACUGAUGCUUACACCUGGAGUGGCAAGGAUCCGGAAGGGCUCUUCCCUUGUAUUCUUGGUCAUGAGGCUGCUGGGAUUGUAGAAAGUGUUGGUGAAGGUGUGACUGAGGUUCAACCAGGUGAUCAUGUUAUCCCUUGCUACCAGGCGGAAUGCAGAGAGUGCAAGUUUUGCAAAUCAGGGAAGACAAACCUUUGUGGCAAAGUUCGCGCAGCAACUGGUGUUGGAGUCAUGAUGAAUGAUCGUAAAACUCGUUUCUCAAUUAAUGGAAAACCUAUCUACCAUUUCAUGGGAACCUCAACAUUCAGCCAGUACACAGUUGUACAUGAUGUUAGUGUUGCCAAGAUUGACCCAAAAGCUCCUUUGGAGAAGGUUUGCCUCCUUGGCUGUGGUGUUCCUACCGGUCUUGGAGCAGUUUGGAACACUGCAAAAGUUGAAGCAGGGUCCAUUGUUGCAAUUUUUGGACUUGGGACAGUUGGCCUUGCAGUUGCAGAGGGUGCAAAAACAGCUGGUGCUUCACGGAUUAUAGGUAUAGAUAUUGACAGCAAAAAGUUUGAUAGAGCAAAGGAUUUUGGAGUUACUGAAUUUGUGAAUCCAAAGGACCACGAUAAACCAAUUCAACAGGUGCUCAUUGAUCUCACUGAUGGUGGUGUUGACUAUAGUUUUGAGUGCAUCGGAAAUGUUUCUGUAAUGAGGGCUGCUUUGGAGUGCUGUCACAAGGGCUGGGGAACCUCGGUUAUUGUGGGGGUUGCAGCAUCUGGCCAGGAAAUAAGCACUCGUCCUUUCCAGUUAGUGACUGGCCGUGUUUGGAAAGGAACAGCUUUUGGUGGUUUCAAGAGCCGUUCACAGGUGCCUAUGCUCGUAGACAAGUACAUGAAAAAGGAAAUUAAGGUUGAUGAGUACAUCACCCAUAAUCUGACUCUUCCAGAGAUGAACCAGGCAUUUGAUCUGCUGCAUGAAGGUAGCUGCCUCCGGUGCGUGCUUGAUAUGCAAGUCUAAGGUUAAGUCCCAUGGUGUUUCAUGGCCUGCCUGCCUUAUUUUAUAGGGAAUGCGAUGUGCUGUGCUGUCGCCUUCCUUUCUUUUCGGUUGAAUGGAAAAGAAAAAAACCUUUUAGGUGCAAGGAUAUUAUGCAUGAAAUAAGAAACGUGUGCACAAUGUACGUAUAAGCUUUUACUUGUAUGAAAAGGUGGUAAUGUUGAUAGAA